GUGAAGCUCUACGUGCUGAGGCCCAAGAGUCCCAGUGCGCCGCCGAAGGGUAUCAUCAAGAACGUGAGCUUUGCCAAGGAUAGUAAGGAUAGUGAUGCAGGCAGUAACCAAUCCACGCCCCGCAGCUCCAAGGCGAGCAAAGGGACGCGUGGACAGGCAGUUGAAUCAUCAGCCCGCACCCUCCUAGAGCAGGCGAUCGCUGCCGCGCAGGACCCCAAGUUGAAGGAGGCUCUGAUGCAGCAGGUCGUCCAGCUCAAGCGUGAGGAGGCACAGCACAUGCAGCCCAAGGAUGCGCUUCCGUCUCUUCAGAGGGCGGACAGCGCUUGGAGGGAUGCCAACAAUCGCCAUACUCAAUCAGUGCAGUCAGUCCUUCGCAUUCGUCGGCAAUUGGAGGCAGCUGAGCUCAAGGAGCGUCGUCUCGCCGAGGAGCUGGCGGAGGCCACCAUCGUGAAGCAGCAGGCCGCACGUGCACUGGCAACGGCUGAGGGAGUUGUACCCAAGCCAUCAGAGGGGAAGGCCGACGACAAGUGUGGCAAGCCCUUCGAGCUAGUGUACGACCACACGCUGUUCGACAAUCUAGACGAGUUGGAAUGCGAGGACUCCGAGAAGGAGACCUUGAGGAAGAUUCAUAGUGAGCUGCAGUCGGCCAAGACCACCCUCGAUGGCAAGGCUGAUGAGGUCACCACGAUGCUCAAGAACGCCCAGGACAUGCGCCAGGCCAUCAAGGACCGCUUCAUGAAGAAGAGGCGCACGGCCGAGGGCCAGGCCGCACCCCCCGCAGCGCCGCAGCCAGGCGAGGCCGCGCCCGCAGCCAGUGGUGGCAGCGGCAGCGGCGGCAGCCAGGUGCGGCUCCAGCAGCAGAUGUCCAUGCAGAGCGAGUUCGUGCUGAG